AUUCCUUGCACCAGGUUCAGCUUGUAUCGACUGUAUUUUCUUUAACGAAAGCUCAACUAUGGCGUCCCGAGUUAAAGAAAUAGGAACCAUUUGUCGGUUUUGCUUGUGUCAAGAAAGAUUGAUGGCUUUGUCGGAGGCGAUUGGUUCGGCAUUCACUGCGGAGGACGUGCUGUAUUACACGGGGAUUCAGAUAUCUGUAAAAGAAGAGCUACCCUACGCCAUCUGCCAUGUAUGCUGUAAUGUAAUAAGAAACUCUGUUAUGUUUCGCAGCAUGUGCUUGAAAAAAGAUGUCGUCUUCAAAACGCUACUUUCUGUCCUGAAUUUCGAUAAGAGUGCUCCUGAUUCUAUUGAGCGUACAGCUGCAAGCACCUUGUGGGAAACCGCCGUCGGGUGUAACACUGAGACAAUAACGUUGGAUGAAUCAGAUUCCGAUGAUUCUAUCCCUUCGCUUUACGGAGAAGCUAUGCAAGAAGCUUUGUCGGAUACUGCACCAUCGGUAGCAAGUGAGAAAAGGCUAACAUCUACCGCCGAAAAGGAAGCUAUGGAUCAUACAUUAACUGGGGACUGUGAAGAGAAUGAAAAAAGUACUUCCAAUGAAAUGAUGAACCAAAAUGACGAAUCGGUGAAUCUUAUGCCGAAAGAUGAUAGUGAUUCUGAUGGCUCUUUGCCUUCACUGUAUGGCGAAAGUGCGGUUCCCCCGCCGAAACCUAAAUAUCCUAAGGAUUCGAACGAAGGCAAAGAACAGUGUCAUGUGUGUGGUAGUUUUCACGUUGAUGUUAAACAUCACGUGCAACGAGUACAUGAAAAGAAAAUGGGACAUGCUUGUCCAUAUUGCCCGAAGCGAGUGAACGAUGGUUAUCAACUCAAUUCCCACAUAAAUACAUGGCAUAAGAAGGAAAUCAUAUUUACGUGUCAACACUGUGGUAAAGGUUAUAUCAAUCAUAGCAGUUACGUGUACCAUUUAGCUAACUCUCAUGGGAAGAGCGACUGGUAUGAGUGUGAAACAUGCCACAAGAGAUGGAAGUCUAUCGAUUCAUACAGAAAGCAUAGGAAAUCACAUUCGGUGACUGCUAUUACGUGUAACAUUUGCAGAAAAACAUACAAAAAUGAAGCAUCCUACGAGCAACAUGUACUUCGAUACCAUCCAACAUAGGCUUGUAGGUGGCUUGUUCAUUUUACAGAUCCGUUGAACCGAUUUUAUUUAAUGAUGAAUAUAAAUUGACUUUGAAAUAAACUAGUACGCAUGUCCAGGAUGCA